AUGGGGUUUCCAGACAGCAUUGAGCCGCGGGCCGGUGGAGAGCCAACCACGCCAGCGAAAUUGGAAGCAGACACUGCACCAGGACAAGACGAUUGUGAGACUACUCCGUAUCUAGCGCAAGAGGCCUUGUACAUCGAUGACCAGACAAACAAGAAGCUAUUCUGGACCGUUAAUCGGCGGAUUCUCGCAUGUAUGCUGGGAACUUAUUUCUGCCAGUCUCUGGACAAAGGCACUCUCGGAUUCUCGUCCAUCAUGAACAUCAGAGAGGACGCCGGUCUCGUGGGACAGCAAUACAGCUGGCUUGGGACAAUCCUCUAUAUGGGAGUGCUGGUGGGUGAAUACCCUACCAAUUUGCUCCUGCAGAAGCUUCCAGUGGCGAAAUAUCUCGCUGUCAAUGUCUUUUGCUGGGGUGUCGUCAUUGCCUGUUCAGCUGCAGCGAAUAACUUUACAUCGCUCAUGGUUGUCCGAUUUCUGCUGGGAGUCUUUGAGUCUUGUGUCCAGCCUACCUUUAUCAUCAUGACGGCCAUGUGGUAUACCAAAAAGGAACAAACCACUCUGACCUCUCUUUGGUAUUGCAUGUCCGGCGUGCAGCUGAUGGUUGGAGGCAUCAUCGCCUGGGGGGUAUCGCAUUUCAAUGGCCAUCCUAUCAAGUCAUGGCAACUCCUCUUCCUAGUCCUCGGACUUGGAACUUGUGUCUGGGCCGUCUUCAUUGGUUGGUGGCUUCCCGACUCGCCCAUGAAAGCAAAAUGUUUUGACGAAGAUGAGAAACGCCUCAUGAUUGAGCGAGUUCGCGCAAACGAGACGGGAAUCCAAAACAAAGUAUGGAAACGCUACCAAAUGAUUGAGGCUUUCAAGGAUCCUAUUGUUUGGUGCUAUGUUUUGCUCAACGUCACUUCAACACUUGUUAUCGGCGGUCUGGGCGUCUUUUCAAAUAUCAUCAUCUCCUCCUUUGGUUUCACCUACCUACAAACGCAGCUGCUCAAUAUUGCACAAGGAGCGGUCACGAUUAUCGUUAUGAUUGGCAGUGCUACGCUGGCGACAUGGACAAACCAGACAGCUUGGGUCAUGCAUGCUUGGACAAUUCCUCCAAUCAUUGGAACAGCCAUCAUCUGUGCCAUUCCUCCGACGAGCUCCAACAAGGUCGGACUUCUAAUUGCUUUCUACUGCACCCAAUUUUACCUGGCAGAGGGCAACCUGAUCUUUUCUCUCAUCUCUCGGAACGUCGCUGGGCAGACAAAGAAAUCGACAACGCUUGCAUUGAGCUUCAUCUUCUGGGCGGCAGGUAACAUGACGGCGCCACAGGUCUUCCAGGCAUCGGAUAGCCCACGGUAUCUCAAAGGAUUCAUUGCCCAUUUCUGCCUCUACGGUCUGUUCAACCUUGUUCUGGUCGUUUUGCGAAUUCUUCUCGUGCGCCGGAAUCGCGCCAAACGAAGCGAUGCGGCCGAGACUCAAAGUAAUGGUACUAAAAAUGGCUCGGAUGAGAAAAUUGAGCACGUUCACGCAUUUCAGGAUUUGACAGAUAUGGAAAAUCCUGAUUUCAGGUACGACUUUUGA